AUGCGGCUCAUAACUUGUGCGUUACUGCUUUGCACAGUAAUCACGCUUUAUAUACCUAUUCCGUGCGAUAGUUGCAAGAGGUCGAAAGUUAUCCAUUGUACUUACGAAGUCAAAAGUGGGUCAUCGGAGCACAGUUACCAGGAAGUCAGCUCUGGUGGUGGUGCGGAUGUUAGAAUAAAGGUGAACAGACAUGUAACAGUGGAAGGCGAUGGAGGUGGAUUAGGCUUGAUUCAUGAUUUAGAGAGAGAAGGAGUAUUAAGUCUGAGUCACACCCUUAAACUUGGUGGAAUCAGUCAAAGGAGCAAACAUAUUCACACCUCAAUCAGUAGCAAAUAUGGGCAGAGUUCAAGAAGCAAACAUGAACACUCUUCGUCCAGGGACAAACAUGUGCACGUUAAAGUGCACGUUUCAUCCAGUUGCAAACAUGGACAUGGUCAUGGUUCCAAGCGUUGCGCAAAAGACAAGACCGAUUGGAGAAAACAAAGAGACAUGGAAAAAGUAGAGAGUCAUAUGUGUCCUGGAGUGGUUUCUCACACGACCGAUCGCUUUAGAAAAAAGGCUGUGGACCUUCAUAACAAAUUCAGGAGUGACCUGGCUCUUGGCAACCUUUUUAACCCGAAAAGCAGGAAGAUGUUGAGAAAAGCUAACAGUAUGUUACGUUUGAACUACGGCUGCGGCAUGGAUCAUGAAGUGUUGACAGACGUUGAUUGUAAACACCAGCCGCGAAAGAAUAUACCCGGUUAUUGUGAUCCUGCUGUAAACGUAUAUUACAGCAAAAGUCGCAAUCCAAUCAAAGCUUUAGAAGAGGCUGUGAGAUUUUGGUCAGAUGACUUGCAAAGGCGAUGGUUAUCCAUCGAUCAGAUUCAAAAUCUAUUUUACAGUCAUUCUGGAAUUUGCAAUAUUGCGGGUAUGGGAUCGGAUCUCACAACCGAUGUUGCUUGCGGCACAGGCGAUUGUGGCGACAAAACGCUGGUCGUGUGCCGUUAUAAGUUAACCAAGAAGCUCAAGAACGGAAUGAGAUGGUACUUUAUGGGUCCGACUUGCAGGCAGUGUCAAAAAAAAUGGGGUACCAGCAUCUGUCAAGAUGGAUUAUGUGUUAGAGAUUGAGUCCAAACAAGUGUAAAUUGUUGUCUGAAUGAAUAAACGAGCAUUCUGAAAAA